AUGAACACCCACUCAUUUGAUUUCGAAUGGCUAGCUGACCUUGAAAAAUCUCAAUGUUUUACAACCUAUGAAGUUUCUAAGCCCGCGAAGUCAAGUGAUUUUGGAUCCGGAGGAUACACUGCUUCAGUCACCGACUGGCAUGAACUUUUGCAGCUCACAGCUCCUGACGAAACAUGCGGGAUCGUGUUUGUAAGAGGGCACUUUCCGAAUACUCCAGAUGCUAUUUUAUCCAGAUCUCAACGUCGAGAUGACUCUGGUAAUAAAGGCACUUUUGGAACUCGGUUGAACACCACCGGUGAUGAAUCGGAUUUGGAACUUGGAGAGCGCCUGGCACAAGGUUGGAUAAAUCUUAGGUGGCCAUAUACAAAGUAUGAGCUGAGAAAUAAGCACGACAACGUGCUGGAUUUGAGCAGCGGUAGUUAUGAGCAGAUAUCUUUCAUUAGGGACGGUGUUCUCAUACAAGUCAUUCGGCUCAAGUGGGGUCAUGAGAGCUCGUUGAGCGAUUAUGACACUACGGAUGGUUUGGAGAAGAAGAAAGUUAGAGUGAAGAUCGGGGGUGUGGUGCAAUUUGGCUGUCCUUGCUCCAACAGAGGUCCGCCUGACCCAGACUCUUUCCACUUGAGCUCAGGAAUUGGACUCGCUUGUGUCAGUGAGAGAUACAAGAAGACACUAGAGAUGCAUCUUUUCAUCGACGGUAUCCGACAAGACAUAAGUACCCCUCUUCAUGGGCCCGAUCAUGAUGACAUCAGUGGAUCAGAAGUUGAUGCUUCGUCAGUACAUGAGAUUGAGCUUCGAUUCGGAGAGCCUGUUAUAAACGUAUCGACGUGUUCACUUCGAGACAUUGGCACGAGCUCGUCUGGACUCGAAGUGUCCAUAUUCACCAAGCUGGAGGACUAUCUUGGGAUAUCCAAUACUUCAAUAAGGAUGACUGAUCGACUAUGGACCGCGUUGUGCUCAGCCAAUUAUGAAGCCAGUGAGGCAGUUGAUGUUUGUGUCAUUGGUAGAGGGGUGGAGCAAAUUCUAGGGGUCUCUUCAGUACCUCUUGAAGGAGCUAAUGGCUCCAAUUCAAGUGACGAAACCGCGCUGAUUUGCAAUAUAAUGACCCCUCAAUACGUCAACGUGCAGAGUAGCUUUUUCCAAAUUCGCCUCCUCGUCAAAGCAUAUAAUUUCAUACGCAGUCGCCAUUUGGAGCCAGAUCUAUUUGAGCGUUUUCAGCCUCUGGUUAAAAUACGUGCUGCAUAUCUAUCGACACUUCUUGGAUCCAUAACAUCAAUUCUCACAUGGUUGAUCAACACCGACAUGAAACCCAGGCGUCUGCUACUUGCACUCAGAAGUGAUAAAGCCGCACCAGAUAUGGAGACACAGCCAUCCAAGCGACUACGGAGGUGCGAACAGAAUCGAGUGCAGAUGCAUACCGAUCAGUCAUACAAUCAAGCCUGCUAUGCAACCCUUGCAGUCUGGUACGUAAUGAAUCAUUGUCCACAAGCCGCAUCAGACACAUUCAAAUCUGCGAUUUUGUUACCUAAGUUGACACGGGCCUACGAAGCGGUGCAGAAACGUGCAUCAAGAGACAAGGAGCCAACUCCCAAGAACGAUGUGUUGCAAUGGCUUCACAUGAGCUGUUUGUUCCUGAUCUGCAACGGGGAAUUUAUAACAGACACCAAUAAAACAGCAGCGGACGGGUUUUCUCUGUCAGGGCUUGACCGGCAAGAGGUGAUCAGAACACAACAGAAGUUCGAGAAGUAUGUUUCUCGCUUAAAGACAGCCCAGGCUGAUUCUUAUUCUAUCGAGAACGAGGAGCUGGACCGUGUACUUCUCGUGAGUGAGGAGCUUGAAUUGGAUGCAAUUCCUGCAUCGUCAACGGCGAGCCUAGCUUUGUCACGAGCGAGGCAAAGUCGCAAAAUAAUCUUGCAGAGGCAGCGCACGACGAGAUUCAAUCCAGGUCCAAAGACGUGGAAAGGCUCACAGGCGAUCUCAAAUGGCCCUUGGGAACUGCAAUGCACCAAUCAUCAGGGAUCUUUGAGGGUAACAGACGAUGCCAAUAUCAAAGCUGCGAGAGAUAGAUUGUUCGAAUUUCUCAUGUCCGACUACUCAUUCAUGACAUCCUGGGACCGUGCUGAUGGCAACAUGGUUGGAAAGUGGUGGGAUAUCGAACCUGUCAGUGUCAUCUGUGCUACCUUAUUGGACCUCAAGUUUGAAGGAAAAUUGAAGUCUCCAAUUUCUGAAGCAGAAGCCGAUCUACUAGGUCACUCCGUUCAUGACAUUGAAGAAUUGCCAUCUGUUCAGAGAAGGAACUCCGACACCUUACCAGAGCCAUCAGAGGAGGAUACGAUACGUGACAUUCUUCUGCAAAUGAAGAAGCUGCAAGAAGAAUUAAGCAAAGAACAUCUGAUGCAGAUGAGACAGCUACUUGUGCAAGAAGAUAUCGCAGGGAGCUUUCAGGUGAAAGCAUUUGACUGGGUCUCUUGCAAGCCAGGAAAGCUCUAUCAUCCAGAUCGAUGGGUACAAUCUAUUCAAGACACACCCGACUUGUAUCAAGCCAAACAAACAAAAGACGUCCCUCUGCGAAAAGAUGUCCGCCAGUAUUUAGCCAGGCGCGAGGGCAUAGAUAUUAUCGCCGAACCAAGUUACACGCCGGAAAAUAUCAACAGCAAGCUCCCUGCUGCCGAGCUACAGUUCUUGGGUGUCUUUGAUCUGCACCUUUCGAAGAACUUUACAUUUAAGUCCAAGGAUAUCACAUUGCAAAACUUGGUCAAUGCAGAUCGACCUCUUGUGUCUGAGACUGGUCGCUUAAGCCAUGGUGAGGGGCAGCGUAAUUCUCGUGUUGUGGGUAUCAAAAAGGCUACUGACUCGUACAACUACGAUCAGCUGGACUCAUAUCGUAAAGUUCUCCUUGAUAAACUCAAUGACAGUUUGGUCGAUAUUGGAGCCAAGCAUCGUAUACUAUUUGCAGAAAAGUGUACCCCAGUUCUCGUUGGAGCUUUUAUAUACAUGUUCCAUCCAGACGGACUUGAUACAUUUGAUAAUUAUUUCGGUUCCGUUUCGAGAUUUACGGAGAGUCGUGAAGUGACAAUGUGGGCAACAAGCAUUACAAUAUCGUACUGGAGCAUCCGACCCGUUAGCAUUUCACAAGCUCAUGCGCAUAUGUUCAAAGAGAACAGAAACAAUGGCGAUUUCCCACCUACCAGCAUUGCCAGACUUGGCUCUAGAACUACAGCCCCCAAGAGAACGGGAUCUGCUGAACCCACAGAUGUUGUGGAAGAGCGGUGCUCAUCGAUCGUCAUCACCGGGGAUCCAGCUGGCCAUUUGUGGAUAUGUUCUAUCUGGUCCUCUCUCACGGACUCGGAAUCUAUUACGCAACCCAUACACGCGCUUUCGGAUGUGCUCCAGAGGUUCAUACAUCAACAAGCUUGUGGGAGAUGCUUGGCGUUCUUGUUACUGCUUGGGCAUCUUUGUGAGAAGUUGGCGGGGGAGUAUGAGAUGAUUCUUUCUAGAUUGGAUGUCAUCGUUGGCUUAGGGGAGAUAGUCUUGCUCGAAGGCUUGGUAUGGGGUACAAACGAGGCAGUAGAUAGGUUGAAGAAAAUGCUGUGGGGUCUCGAAGCCUUACGUGUCUUCAAUGACAGGCUAUCAGCAUCAUUAUCUCAGAUAAAAAAGGCUCAAGAGGCGAUGGCACGAACAGUGAAGCACGAAGCUGGACAGCAGCACGUUGAUCUACUCCAAGAAUUCAACAACGUCAUCGAAGAGUUCGAGAAACGAUAUGGCAUGUUGUCAGACGUCCAAGUCAGCACACAGCUGAAAAUCAUUCAAGUCACUGGGUUCCGCGAUGGAAUUUCUACAGUGGCCAAUGUUGAGGACAGUCAAACCGCACUUCGCGAUAGCAAAACGACGAUCAAGCAGGGAAACAAUAUCAGAAUACUGACAUAUAUUACCAUUGCAUAUUUACCACUUGGAUUUAUUACCGGCCUCUUCGCAAUUGAACAUGCUGAUUUCAUGAACAAAGCUGGAAAUAAUGGCUUUGCUAUUUUGACCGUCAUUUUCAUCUUGGGUACAUACACAUUGGCAUUGAGUUUGGAAAACAUCAUCGAGCAAUGGGAGCGUUUCAGGCGGGAGAAAUGGGGUAGACCUGGGAAAGUGAAGAAUGCUAGUGAUGGAACAGGGGGACAUGAUACUGAUUCAAAGAUGUCAGCUAAAGUUAUGGGGACUUUUUUCGGGCUGAGAAGAAGGAGGGAACAUGUGGAGGAAAACUUGGAGAGUGAGGAGAGAACAUCGAAGGCGGCUUGA